AGUUUCAGACGUACAUUAGUUGUUUUUAUUUUUCAACAUUUUAACUUUCACUCUCUUCAGAGACAUGAUGACAGCAUGCAAAUGCAUCAAACAACUAAUAAAUUGAUGAAGCUUUAGGUCACAUUUUCAGUUUCACUCUCUCUUCUUCCAUGGAAUUGUAAGAUUUUAGGACAAGAGCUUCCACGUUUAUCAGAUUGUGAUCUCAAAAUGGGGAAAUCACCAGGAAAAUGGAUCAAAACCGUACUAUUUGGGAAAAAGUCAUCCAAAUCAAAUAUUUCAAAAGGAAGAGAGAAGAUUGUCAAUAAAAAAGCAGUUGUUGCUUCCAACGAGUUGGAAAAUGGUUUGUCCUUAGAUCCAACCCCCAAUGAGAUUGCUACAAAGGAGGAGGACCUUGAACUGGAGAAUGAAGAAUCAGAAAAUAUUUUACCUGAGAAUCAAGAAAGAGACAUUAAUGGAUCUGUUGAUCCGGAUGCACCACCUGAUCCAGAGAAAAUCAGGCAGGAGGAAGCAGCAACAAAGGCACAAGCUGCUUUCAGGGGUUACUUGGCACGCAGGGCAUUUAGGGCCCUAAAAGGCAUCAUAAGGUUGCAAGCACUUAUUCGUGGGCACUUGGUUAGGAGACAAGCUGUUGUUACAUUAUGCUGCAUGUAUGGAAUUGUAAAGUUACAAGCACUUGUUCGUGGAGGAAGGAUUAGACAGUCUAAUGUUGGAUUUGAAAUCCAUGAGAAGUGCAAUCUAUUUAAGCCUCUGGAUGGAAAACUUGGUGAGCCAGUUGGUAUCUCCACAAAAAUUUCAAAGCUGUCUGCAAAUACUUUCAUCCGUAAGCUUGUUGCUUCAUCAAUUACAAUAAUGGCCCUGCGCCUGCAAUAUGUUAGUGGAGAUCCAAAUUCAGUCUUAAGCUGGUUGGAACGCUGGUCCGCAUCUUACUUCUGGAAACCAGUUCCCCAACCCAAGAAAAUUCGAGACUCUAAAUCUCAUAGAAAGCAUGGUAAUAUUUCAAAUGGAGAAGCUCAAAUUACCAAGUCAAAACGCACUACCAGGAAGCUUCCUAUUGCAAAUUUUGAACCAGCCCUGGUGCAAACAAAUCCUGAAUUCGAGAAACCAAAACGUAAUUUCAGAAAAAUACCACACCAAGUGUUGGAUCCAGAGCUAGAAAAUCCUCAAAGUGAGCUUGAAAAGGUUAAACGUAGCUUGAGAAAGAUUCAUAACCCUGUUGUUGAGAAUGCUGUUCAGCCAGAAGUUGAAAUUGAGACCCCAAAGGAGCAUUUGGAAAUAGCAACAGUUAUUCCAAGUCACGCUGUUUCAGAACAAGCAAUCAUUACUCCUGAUGACAAGAUCGAGCAAGAAGAAACUUUAACCAUCUUCAAUGUGCCAGAUGUCGAAAUUUCUCCAAGACCAUCAGUUAACAUGGAAGUGUAUGACAUUCCUAGCAAUUAUCAAGUGUCUGUAGAAUCAAAGCCCUUGUCAGAGACUCCAAUUAAAGAUAGAAACACAUCUCACGGAAAAGUUAAAAAUGAGCUAGGCAAUCUACCAGAGACUAUUUUCAAAGAUGAAAACUCCCUAUUAACAAAUGGAGAUUUGAGCUAUAAUGAUCUGACAGGUAAUGAAAACCAGAAACCUACACGUAAAGCCUCAAAUUUGACGAAGCAGGAGAAUGGAGAUGAUGGCUUAAAGAAUAGUCCAAAAUUACCAAGUUAUAUGGCAGCAACUGAAUCUGCCAAGGCAAAGUUGAGGGCACAAGGGUCCCCAAGGUUUGGACAAGAUGAAACUGAGAAAAACAACACUGCUGGUUCUGGGAGACAUUCUCUGCCCUCUUCAACUAACAAGAAGAUUAGUUCAUAUUCACCUAAGACACAGAGAUCAGUUCCAGCAGGUGGCAAGGGGGGAAACAAAAGUGACAGAACAGUACCAUCUUCUAAGGCAGGGAAUGGGAAGGUAAUUCAAGCAGAGUGGAGGAGGUGAGUGAGGGAAACGCUGGUUUUCAGGUAUUGAACACGAGGAGGCUGAAAAUCGUGUGGGGUCAUCUGUGAUGGAAGUUGUUGAAAUGAUAGGACCAUUGUAUGAGCUGGUUUGAUCCGCUUAUUUUCCCUGCAUCCUGGGUUGUGAGUUUACAAUAUAGGUUUUAAGCUUUGCAUGCUGCAACUUUUCAUGUCUUAUGUUCUGUUUGUCUCUGGCAUGAUUCCUUGGCUGUCCAUAUUGUAUUUUUUUCUCCCUUCAGUGUGUGUGAUCAUUAACAUGUACCUUAUUUGUGUACCCCAAACUUCUGUGUUUGGACAAGUAUGAUCUGGUAACACGAAUACUCUCAUAGGAGAUUUCUUCGGCCUUCAGAAAA